UGUAAUCCCAACACCGACAAGAAGUGCUUUGCCAGAGACGCCGCUCUAGCAACAUCCAUAUUUGAACCGUUCACAUCCAGUUCCAAACGAUUCAGGCCACUAGCAGACUCUCCAGGAAUUCUGUACUGUGAUAAUGGUGCCAAACUUACUAUGACCAAACGGUUCGACAACCCUUCCAUUGUGUCCAACUUCUAUAUCCUUUAUGGCAAAGUUGAGGUUGAAAUAAAAGCUGCUGCAGGAACGGGAAUCAUUAGUUCCUUCUAUCUUCAGAGUGACGACUUGGAUGAGAUUGAUGUUGCUGAAGUAUUUGGUGGUGAUAUCUACGAGUUCCAGACCAACUUCUUCGUCAAAGGGAAUACAACUACAUACGAUAGAGGUGGAUAUCAUCCGAUGCCAGUUCCUCCAAUGCAAGAAUUCAACAAGUAUGGAAUCGAAUGGACUCCUCAAAAACUCAUAUGGACAUUAAAUGGGGUUCCAGUAAGAACUCUAACCAACGACACACCCCAUGGAUUCCCCAACUCUCCCAUGGAUAUCAAGUUCAGUCUUUGGGCAGGAGGAGACCCUGAUAACGAACAAGGCACCAUCGAUUGGGCGGGAGGGAUCACCCAAUACACACAACUACCAUUUUCUAUGUACGUGAAAAACAUGUACGCUAUGGACUAUUCUACAGGUAUUGAGUACAAUUAUGGGAAUUCCUGGGAUGGUAAGUGGAUUGAGCUCAGGUCCAAUCAAGGUUCCAUUUAC